AUGGAGGCAGGGCCCCCUCAUAGACGUUAUACUAUCUUGCUGCAACGAGCAGCAGCAAGAGACAGGCCGCUUAUUGAGUCGCCUGAAGGUGCUGCAGCAGCAGAUGCAGCAGCAGCAGCAGAUGCAGCAGCAGCAGCAGCAGCAGAUGCAUGCGUUCUUACCAAGGAGGACCUGCAGGGUUCGCUGCAGCGAUUGACCAAUGAGCCUGGCGGUCUCCUUAUUGGCCGUGCAGCAGCAAAAGCCCGUGAAAAGGCUCGAGCAGCAGCAGCAGCAGCAGCAGCAGGAGCAGCAGGAGCAGCAGGAGCAGCAGGAGCAGCAGGAGAAUCAGCUGCUGCUGAUAGUACCUCAAUCAAGGCACCAACACCUCCUGCUGCUGCUCGUGCUCGUGCUGCUGCUGCUGCUGCUGCUGUUGAGUCUCCUGCUAGACUCCAACAUAAGCAUAGAAAGAGAAUAUUAUUAGAGGAAGGAUGGAGUCUCCUGCACCGCAAAGUUGGGGCCCUCAGGGACCUUAAAUACUGGCUGUAA